CCCAAUUCCUCAGCCUCGCAGGCGCCCAGCCCCCCCUACUGACGCUGGACCCCCCCUGGACGCCCCUGUUCAAGGGGCAGACGGUGACACUGACCUGCGGGACCCCCGACGAGCACGUCCCCAUCGUGUGGAGCAUCAACGGCAGGAGAGUGAGGGACAGAGCCAACCACCUCCAGCUCAACCUGCAGAACACCGGCCGCAGCAGCGUCCAGUGCCAGAGGUCCGGCUCCGAGUUCAGCCUCCGCAUCGAGCUGAGCGUCUCUGACGACUGGGUGGUGCUGCAGGUGCCGGUGCAGCCGGUGCUGGAGGGGGACGCGCUGGCGCUGCGGUGCCGGGGCUGGUGGAACAAGAGGCUGAGCAGCGUGAGCUUCUUCCACAACGGGGUGCUGCUGCCGGGGGGGGGGGACGAGGACGAGCUGCUGCUCGUCCCCGCGCAGCGGCACCACAGCGGCCGCUACCACUGCACGUACAAGAGUUUCCUGAGGACGUACGACUCCAAGCCAAACGAGGUCAUCGUGCACGAGCUCUUCUCAGUGCCGGAGCUGAGCGUGGACGGUCCCCGGGAGCGCCCCGAGGGCAGCGCCCUCACCCUGGCCUGCGUCACCCGUGGCAGCCCCCUGCGGCCCCGCGUCGCCCUGCGGCACCUCUUCUACCGGGACGGGGUGGUGGUGGCGGGGCCCCAGGGGUCCCCCCAGCACCUGCUGCGGGCGCUGGCGCUGCCCGACUCGGGCUCCUACGCCU